AUGAAAGAAUCAGAAACGGAAUCAGAUGCAUCAAUUCGAAACACGAAGAUGAACCCCAUCGAUCACCUUCCCCUCCGUCUCCUCAGAUCCGACACGGUUCCACCCGCCCCUACCUUCUCCGAAUCCACCGUCGAUUUCCUCCCUCACUUCUGCGGCUACUCUUGGAUCGCCUACGCCGCUUCUUCCCUCCUCGUCAUCUCUCACUUCCCUUCUCCUCUUUCCCCUUACCAAUCCCGCAUCGGCCCCAUUUUCCGACAAUCCUUUCAGCUCUCCGGCGAUCCCCUCGCCGCCGUCGCCUGGUCUCCUCACUCCCCAUCCUCGGGUGACCUCGCUGCCGCUGCCGAUUACUGCAUCUGCCUAUUCCACCACAACCCCACCGCAGCUAAAGGUUCUUUUUGUUGGAGCCAGAAUGCAGUGCUUGUACAACAAACGAAAGUGGCAAACAUCAAAUGGACAGGAUCAGGAGAUGGAAUCAUUUCUGCUGGAAUAGAGGUGGUUUUCUGGAAAAAGAACAACAAAUGUUGGGAAGUUGCUUGGAAGUUUAAAGCAGAUCAACCCCAAACUCUUGUUUGUGCAACAUGGUCCAUUGAGGGCCCUUCAGCAACUGCAGCACAUCCUAGUAAAGACCAGAUUAAAGGGGCCUUGACCAAUGAGGAAAGCAAAUGUGUAGUAGUAUGUCAAAGCAAUGGACCAUCUGAAUAUUCAAAAGUCAAGCUGCAUCAUCCCCUACCUGUUGUAACGAUUCAAUGGAGACCAUCAAGAGGAAAGCUAUCAAACAGAUACGGUAAAUGUUCAGUAAGGCAUGUAUUGUUGACAUGCAGCUUAGAUGGGACUGCAAGGUUAUGGAGUGAAAUUGAUAAUGGAAUGGCCAGGAGAGUUGGGAAGGACAUCAAUGAUCAGAAGAAUGCAGGAUGGUCUUUUUGUGUUGUUGCUGUUAUUGAGAUUAAUCAUUCCUUAAAUGGAACUCUUGGUUCAGAUAUAUUUUUGAGAUGGGGGACAGAAUUUGAGGGAAUAUUUAGAACUGGUGAAGAGGCCAAACAAGUUUUUUCCAAAGAAGGAUUUGAGUAUGAUGUUAGAAAUUGUGAUUGGAUAGUUGGGUUUGGUCCUGGAAUGUUGCUUAGCUUUUGGGCUAUCCACUGUCUUGAUGAUAUUUCCCCAUUGAGAUUCCCCCGAGUUACGUUAUGGAAGAGACAUGAACUCCAGAACCAUGACAUAGCAAAUGUUUACAAAUUUAACUCAUCUGAUUUUAAAAAUGCAUUAUUACUUCCAAAGUUAAUUUUAUUGAGAAACUGCCUUUCUGGUCCACCUAUUAUAUGCUCUCCACUUCAGCUAUUGCCUUGCAAUUCCUUAAUUUGGUCAAAUUUUCGUAUUCUAACAAUACAAGAUGCAGUGGAGAACUCCAUUGAUAAUGGUAACGCAGAUAACAUGUCCUCCUAUUUGACUGGUGGGGUUUUGAACUUAGAUGGUCAUAGUGGGAAAAUCUUAAAGGUUUCAAUUCAUCCUUAUACAUGCAAGGUUCAAUUAGCUGCUUCUCUGGAUUCUAAUGGACUGCUUCUUUUUUGGUCACUUUCUAACAUUUCAAACUGUAUUUUGGGAUGUCCAACAUUGGUUCCUACCAUGGAACUCUGUGGAAAGCUUGCGACUCAAGACUCUUGCUCCUUGUACACAAGCUUGACAUGGGCUCCGUCAAUAAUUGGUGACAAACUGUUCUUUUUUAUGGGACAUUCCCGGGGGAUUGAUUGCUUCAUAGUCAAUAUUUGUCGAACUGAAGAAGAAAACAUUGAAUGUCACUACUUAUGCACUAUUCCUUUCACUAGUCAUGGUCCUUAUGAAGAUGGCCCUUUUGAUAUCUUUACAAUUCCUUUGAACUCCACCUGUGACAAAGCUUUUUGUAAUAAUAAACUUAUGCUGUUGGCAGUAUGGAUGGGGAGAUUUCAGGCCCUAUCGUGGGAAGUUAACUUGCACUCAUUUGACAUGUCAACAAACUGUUGUUGUAAAUGCAGUUUUGAUGCUAAAAGCAUUGAUGACUGUAGUGUUUGGGCAUUUGAAAGUACAUUUGCUGAUAAAAAAUAUUGCAUUACUGUAAAUCCAUGUUCAUGUGAGUUUCCAAAUUCAAAUGAUCUGGUUACUAGUUUUGCUGUGGCUAAUCCAGGCACUCCAAGCCAUAUACGACAAGAGUUUGGCUUUGCAAAUGAUCUUUGUAGUAGUUAUCCUACAUACGUCAUGAUCACAGGCUCCUCUGAGGGCAUCUUGAAACUCUGGAAAAGUAAUCUGGGGAACUCAUUGACCCAACACUUGCCAUGGGAGCUUGUGGGUUUGUUUGUUGCACAUGAUGGUCCAAUCAAGGGUAUAUGUUUCACUGGUUGUGGUGAGAAGAUUGCUACGGUUGGCCGUGAAAGCAAUUCAAAUGCUAUCAAUACCAUACAUAUAUGGGAUGCAGUACCACUAAUCAGUGCAGGGACUUUUAUUUUGGAGGAUAAAAUAAAGACUGAUAGUGAUGUUAUUGCUCUAAAGUGGUUAACUUUAGGAACAGGGGAGUUAUUGCUUGGAGUUUGUUUGCGAAAUGACUUGCAAGUAUAUGCCCCCAAGUGUUGUACUGGUGCAACUAUGUCAAACUAUGUAAAUUUUCCGAAAUUGAAUAUAUGGGUUUGCAUUGCAUAUGCUCACACUUCCAUUCCAAUUCAUGAUUUCUUAUGGGGACCCAGAGCUGCAGCAGUGGUGAUUCAUGGAAAUUACUUUAGUAUAUUUAGUCAUUGGUUGUUCCUCAUGGAAAAAAGGCAAGGGAGUAAUUUUCAUCCUUGUGAUUUAAAGCCCAAUGCCUACAAUUACGAGGAUGAAAUAUAUGAAGACAUACUUUCUGCAGUUUUUACUGAUUAUGACAUUGGUGCUUUCAGAGAACAGACAGAUGGAGACAGUCAAGUAGAUGUUGAUUCUAUGAAAUCCAUCAAAAUCAAUAUGAAGGACAAUUCCAGUAGCUUGUUUCUGGCAAAGGAACAAUUAGAAUUUGAACUUCAUACCAAGGUUGGUUUAUGGAGCAUCUUAGAGGUAGCUGAGAUAAUUAGUGGAUCAUUGCCUACUUAUCACCCUGAUAUACUACUUACUAAUAUAAGUUCAGGAAACUGGAACCGUGCUUAUGUAGCUGUGAGGCAUCUUGUUGAAUGCCUGACUUUUAAUUAUGAUCCUAACAAGAGACACAUCUCCAAAAGAAUUGGUCUUCCAAAUAUUGUUUUGUCAAAUUAUCUAGAAGGCUGUAUAUCAAAAGGUUCCCAAGGUAAGGGAUUCCAGUGGGGUGGGGAUGCAGCAUCAAUCACAUCAAUUUCACAGGCUCAAAGUAGCUUGUUCCAGUUUCCGUAUCAUUCAGGUUCCAGUGCUGAAAAUGAAAGCAUUUUCUCAACAAAAUCUGAGCUUAAUGGCUUUAUUCAAUCUCUUGAGAAAUUUCCCGAUUUACCACUUUUGAUCGACAUAGAGAAGACACAGAUUCUUGCAAUUAUUGAUCUUCUUAGUGAAGUUAGUAGUGCACACUCAUCUUCUGCAUAUCAGAGUCUUGAUGAACCUGGGCGAAG